AUGAAAGAGGAUGAUUUAUUUUUUGCAGUUCCAACAGGAGCAAGAAAAAUUCUUAAUGUCAAAGAUAGUAAAACUAAUAGUAUUAUUCCGAAAGAACGCUAUGUUAUGCGUUUAAGAUCUUGUUUAUCAUGUCGUAUUAUUUUAAGUGAUCAACAAUUUUAUGAAAAAGGUUGUCCAAACUGUACUCAUUUAGCAAUGGAAUUUGAUAGACAUAAAGUUAAUUCAUGUACAACAACUUCAUAUAAAGGGAUGAUAUCUAUGCUUAAACCUGAACUUUCAUGGGUAGCUAGAUAUAAUCGCAUUACAGAUGUUACUCCUGGAUGUUAUGCUGUCUCUGUUAGUGGUGAUUUAAUGUAUGAUAAUAGAGGUUAUGAGGAUGAAUAUUAA